UGGCUACUUAAUAACCCGUCAGCCAAGUUGCCUCCUUGGCGACUGCGCGCGCGUGUCUAUCAACAUCGUACAAGGACUGUUUGUUGUCCGGUGCCCGGCGACGUCACGGAAUUUGAGAGCGCGACAGUGCGCCCAAGGACUCAAAUACUGUGGCAAGUUAACCGACGUGAGUUUCCCUGAACCGACUCUUGUUUGGAGCUCGUCUCUCUUGCAUUGAAAUAGUACAAGGGAUAAGGAAAAUAAUCAGAAUCUAUGAUCUCGGUCCCUUUGAGGAAAACAGUCCCCUUUUACCCUCUGACUUCAUGAUCCAAUUGGGUUUAGAUAGUCUAUUCGCCAGAGAUGUCCACCGCUGCAACUCCAACCACCCCCUCUCAGUUAACAUCGGAUCAACUCACGGUCAUUGUGGCAGCAUUUUCAGGUCUGGUGUUCUUUGUGGUGAUCGUGGUGCUGCUGUCCAUAUACCGUAAAGAACCUCACUGCUGCAAGGACAACCAUGGAGACAUGGAUGCCCCUCAGUACUACAGCAGCAGACAGACACUGGUGGGAAACCCCUGUCUGGAACAGACUCACGACAACACACACUCACAGUCAGGGCAGCUGUUCCUUAUCGGCCUGCCCUCCAGCUACCGCCUGCCUACCCUGGAGGCGCCCCUCCCCAGGCUGCCCUCCUACGAGAGUGUCAGGAAGAAGGACCGCCAGAGACAGAUACACAUGAUGAUCGCUGACCGUUUCGGCCUCAACGGCUCCAUCCUGACUGAGCCCCCUCCAACGUAUGAGGAGAGCAUCCGCCACUCCAUUGAAGUACCCUUUGACAUUCUGGGGUCUGUAAUAGACGCUCCUCAUCCCCAGAACAUUUACCCUCCACACCCUGGCAUAGACCUUACCACUCAGUCAGAGGUAACCACUCAGUGCCCGUCCACUCAGGAUGCCAACAGUGCCACCCUACCAGUCUGAAACCUCAGACUCGCUACUGACACACGAUGACAAGGACAACUGGAGUAUUGAUGCUUUUUAUCCACCUUGAUGUGCCAAACUGGUCAGAGGAUAACAAACAAUGGAAAUGCACACAUUCUCAAUAGGUUGAAUCAGAUCCAGCAGCCAAAGGGUUGACUGUACUGUAGGAACAUCCUGCAGUGACAGUAUGCUGGAAGAUAGUGACCAAAGAUAGUGAAAUUCUACAUUGCGGGUUACUCCAUACUGACAAACUUGAAUGUCUAAACACCUCUAGUCAGUUGUGAUUUUAAACUGGAGCCUAAAUAAGAUUGGUGAACUGGGAAGACUUGGAUUGCCAUUCUUCAGUGAAAAGGGAAACCGUCCUGUAGAUGACCAAUACCAUGACUAUAUGUGUCUGAGAUGGCAGGUUCUAAUGCCAAAGUKAACYGUAAGAGGAGACAGGCCAGGUAGAAAGACACUCCAUGGCAAAUGUGCUGCUGAAAAACAAAGACCAUUUUGCUGUGAACAGAAAAAGCACCAAAAAGGGAAGAACGAUCUUUAGAUAAAAAAAUAAAAAAAAGCUCAUAUUUUCUACAUUUCAUUAUGGUACCCCCAUUUGAUAAUUUUAUGGAUUAAAGUAAUCUGGAUUAUUGUUUUUUGGGGAACUGUGUUGUUGCAAGUCCUUUUCUGAGUAAAACCACUCUCCUCUUUUAGUGCAAUGUCCGAGCCAAAAACGUAUAAGCGUGAGUUGUAAAAUGCUCCUAUGUCCUACCCUGCUGAGCUUGGGUUGUACAGCUGAGCCAGCUACAACUUGUGUGUUAGUCUUGGAACCUGUGAAGGGUGAGUCAACAACACCAAACCUGUGUUUGCUCUGGUAACGGGUCUUAAAGGCCCAAUGCAGCCGUUUUUAUAUCAAAUCAUUUAUGGGUAACAAUAAUGUACCUUACUGUAAUGGUUUUCCAUUAAAAUGAUCAAAAUUGUAUUUUUGUUGCUUUUAAGCAUUAAACAUUUUAACAAGCAAUAAUUGUGGUCUGAGUAGGGAGGAGAAAAGGGAAAACAAGUUGUUAUUGUUAGAGAGGUUUGGAACUCUUUGUUAUUAAUCUAUUAACUAAUUUACCACCUGGUGAUGUCACCAGGCAAGCUGAAACUCCACCCAUGCAAAACCUGCUGUUUAGAAGGUCCUAUGUAGAAUGUAUUUUCAACCAGGAAAUAAUACUUAUCAAAUCUUGUUAGUUUCAUCAGCUGUUGUACAAUAUGAUGCAAAACACAGAAAACUGAAUUUUGACUGCACGGGGCCUUUAAGAUAAAAGGGAAAACAUUGGGAUUCUGGGAAACGUUAACUAAUUAGCUAGCUUUGUUUAUUCAAGAGCUCUGUGAACAGUGAAUGAGAAUAGUUGUGUAAAAAGCUUUUUUUAUUUUUAUUAACUGGGCUGCCUGUCUUAACAGUCCCUGCACAAGCUUGAGAAGAAACCAGUAUGAAUGACAAGAAAAAGUAUGUAAUAUUUCCCUCACAUCAUGUCUGAAACAAAAGUAUGAGGUUUCAGCAGCCGUUAGCAAGUAGAGACAAGUCUAUUCAAAAGACAGCAAUUGUGAAAUACUUGUAUGUUUAUACAAGUGUAAGAGUGAGAAUUGGAGUUGAUAAUCAUUUAUAGACCUGUGUCUAUAAAUUCCUGUCUGUCACGUAAACUAAUUGAGAUGGUGGUGGCUUCUAGAUAAAGACAUGUUUAACAU